AUGGCGUCGCGUAUCCCGACGAGCGCGGGAAGCGCGGGCGAUACCGAUAAAAGCGGUAGCAGCGGUAGGGCGGGUAAGGUAGGUAGGAGCAAGACCGACAGCAAAGCGGAUAGCAAACAACGUAAACUUGAGAUAGGCAAAUCAGUGUCAUUUAGAGAUGAAGUGGAGAUGAAACGUGAUUUAGGUAUAUUGAGAGAUGAAAUGAAGGAAAUGAGGGAACAGAUAUCCAAGGAGGUAGGUAAAUUUGAGGAGAUAAAGGAAAGUUUCGCACAAUACGUAGAGGAAAUAAAAGGUAAGGAAAGAAAAAACGAGGAAAGAAUAAAGGGAAUUGAAAAUAAAUUGUUUGAAUUGGAAAAUAGAUUAGAGCGAUGCGAGAAAGGUGAGACAGAUAUCGGUAGCGAAAGCGAAAGUCAAAGUCAGAGAAGUGUUAGCGAGAGCAGAUUUUCUAGAAGGAGCAGAGGGGGAAGUAGCUAUGCGAGAUCCCUAGUAAGCGAAGGUGGGCUAAGUGACAUAGAGGUAGGCAAGCUUAAGAGAUGGAUGAAAGAUAAAGAAAAGGAAGAUAGAAGGAAUAAUGUGGUAAUUAGAGGGAUAAAUUUAGAACAAGAAAGAGACUGGAAGGAGUGGGCGCAGAAUUUUUUAAGAGAUAAAUUAGGUGUAAGAUGUAAAGUAAUAAAUGUGAGGAAAAGUGGUACGGUUACCGUAGUUAAACUGGAGGAGGAGGACAAGAAAGAAGUGAUGAGGAAUAAGUACAAACUAAAGGGUGGAAAUAUAUUCAUUGAAAAUGAUCUAACCUGGGAGGAAAGGAAGGUACAGGAAGAAAUUUAUAGGUGGGUUAAGGUACAGAAAAGUAAUGGGGUAGAUGUUAAGGCAGGUUAUGCGAGAGUGAGAAUAAAUGGAGUGUGGAAAUCGUGGGAGGAGGUAUCGAGGAAUUUGGAAGAUAGAGACGGUAGUGGGGGUAGUCUAGCGGCAGGAAGGGAUGAGGGGAGAGCAAAAGAAAAUUUAGCGAAGUGA